CCUAGCCACCUAGCCCUUGUUCUUUGCUUGCUUUCCGCCGCGGGGUUAGAAUGGCUCACCUUUGAUGAGUGCCUCUGUGCCAGACCUUGUUGAAGACCUCUGGGAGUGUUAACAGCAAAGGCACGACUUUAUAAAGUGGGGACCACCUGUCCUGUUACAGAUGAGGAUGAGAAGAUAAGUAAUCACUAAUAAGUUGAAGAACCAGGAUUCAGAUCCAGGACAGGCUGACUCCAGAGCCCCUUCUAGGAUUUUUUUUCUUUCCUCUGGGGUGCUGGGGUUUGAACCCAGGGCCUUGCAUAUGCUAGCACAGGCUCCUCCACUGAGCUCCACUCCCAGCCCUCCAGAGCCCCUUCUGUACUGUCCCUCAGUAACUGUCUGCAGUAGGUAUUCCCAGCCACUUUUGACAACUGCAGAAACAAUUGAGACUGGAAAUAAUUUUUAAGAGUUCAGAUCUUCAAACUUCCACUAAGUGAGUUUGGAGAUUUAUUAAACUUUAUGGUUCUAAGUAAGAGUUCAUUCUUAUUAUCAUCAUUAUAAUAUCCUUUUAGAAGGCAAUUAAAUUUUGGGGAAAGAAGCCAGAAUUCAUUUAGAUACUGUCCUCUUCCUGAUUAAAAGAAUGGCUAAGGUUAUCGAGGAACUUCAUCAAAGCUGCAGUUUGCCUCAAAAGCAAAACGAGAACUUAGGUCUCAUGACAGUUUUGUUGGAACAGUUUUCUGCACUCAAGGAUGUUUUGUCACAUGAAAGGUAAGGCCUCUCUCUGGGAACAGUGGCAUUCUCCAAGGGAUUCAUCAUGUAGAAUCUGGACAAAUCCUGGUUUCUUGCAAGAGGGCAUAUUUUCUGGUGUCAAGCAAUUAAUUUGUGUGGUAGAGUCAGGAAGACUUAGGUUGUUGACUGAUUCUUACUAAUUAUGAGCUGUGUAACUACAUAAAAGCUCUCACUUGCCCAGAGACUUCCUUUGUAAAAUGGUGACAAUAUCCUCUACUUUGAUGAUUGUGGAGAUUAAAAGAGAUGAUUCAUAUAUGUAGCAUACCUCAUAAAUCUCUGUUAGUGAAUAGGUGGCUGAGAGAGAGAGGCACGAAGAGGGACUGGCUGUGUUCAACCUGAAAACCUAGAGCAGAGGGGAACCCUAGUUGUAGGCUACAAAUUCCCCUGUGGGUAUCUGGUCUGUGGAGAUGGAGUGGGGAUGGGGGCAAAAGCAAAUGCGGCUGAAGGUAAGGGAAGGUUUCUACGCUGUGAUUCCUAGUGCUACUUGGUCUCUCACAACUCUCUCCUCUUUCAGCUCUGUGCUUGAGGCAAGGCCCUUUUCCAAAUAAAGAGCCAGCAAGAAGUGGAGGUGACAAGAACUGAACUUGUUAAAGCCAUGUGCCCGAGCUUAGUGACUUUCACAGACGUGGCCAUAGACUUCUCCCAGGAGGAGUGGGAGUGGCUGAGCCCUGCUCAGAGGAGCCUGUACAGGAAGGUGAUGCUGGAGACCUACCGGAGCCUGGUCUCCGUGGGUCUCUGCAUUUCUAAACCAGAUGUGGUCCACUUACUGGAGCAGGAGAAGGAGCCCUGGACGAUGCCAGGAGAAGUAGUCAGGGGCCUGUGCCCAGACCUGGAGUGUGUGGGGGUGACCAAGGAAUCAUCUCCACAUCGGGACAUGCACGAGGAAAAAUUAUCCCAGGCUGCAGUAAUGGAAAGACUGACAAGCCGUGACCCUGAGUGUUGUGCACAUUCUGGGGAAGACUGGAAGUGUGGACCCUUGCUGGACAGGGAGCUGGUAGGUCAGGAGACAGUCACUCAUGUGGAUACCCAUGUUGAGAAAAGAGACCGUUCUACCAAAUCCAGAACCCAUUGUCAUCAGAAUACAGUGUCUUACAUAACACAGAUUGUUCCCAGGGGGCAGAGAAGGUGUGAUUUUGAUACAGAUAAGAAAACACAUUCAGUUCCCAAAAAACCCAAGCAAGUCUACGGAGAAAAGAAACUUUUGAAAUGUAACGACUGUGAGAAAAUGUUCAGCAAAGUUUCGACCCUUACUCUUCAUCAGAGAAUCCACACUGGGGAGAGACCCUAUGAGUGUGCCGAGUGUGGGAAGGCCUUCAGCCAGAACGCCCACCUUGCCCAGCACCGGCGAGUCCACACGGGAGAGAGGCCCUUCGAGUGUGCCCAGUGUGGGAAGGCCUUCAGCCAGAACGCUCACCUGGCGCAGCACCGGCGGGUCCACACCGGGGAGAGGCCCUUCCGCUGCCCGCAGUGCGCCAAGGCCUUCGGCCAGCCCGCACACCUGGCGCAGCACCGGAGGGUGCACACGGGGGAGAGGCCCUUCCAGUGUGUGCAGUGCGGGAAGGCCUUCGGCGACCGCUCCUCGCUGGCCCACCACCGCAGGGUCCACUCUGGGAAGAGGCCCUUCGGGUGCGCGGACUGCGGGAAGACCUUCAGGCAGAAGGCCUCCCUGGUGCGGCACCAGCGGUACUACCACAAUGGGGAGAAGCCCUUCCACUGCGCGGACUGCGGGAAGGCCUUCACGGACCAUGCAGGCCUCCUCCAGCACGGGAGGGUCCACACCGGGGAGAGGCCCUACAGGUGCGGCCAGUGUGGGAGGGCCUUCAGCCACAGCUCGUCCCUGACCGUGCACCAGCGGGUCCACACGGGGGAGAAGCCUUACCGGUGCGCCGCCUGCGGGAAGGCCUUCAGCCACCGCGGCUCGCUCACGCUGCACCGGCGAGUCCACACGGGCGAGAAGCCCUACGCGUGCCAGGACUGCGGGAAGGCCUUCCGGCAGAGCACCCACCUUGCCCACCACCGGAGGGUGCACACGGGCGAGAAGCCGUUCGCGUGCCAGGACUGCAGCAAGGCCUUCAGCCAGAACUCACACCUGGCGCAGCACCGGAAGGUGCACACCGGGGAGAGGCCUUUCGCGUGCCGGGCCUGCGGCAAGGCCUUCAGCCAGAUGGCACACCUCGUGCAGCACCAGCGGGUGCACACUGGCAGAAGGCCCCACGAGUGUCCUGAGUGUGGGAAGGCCUUCGGACAGAGGGCAUCCCUGGUCUGUCAUGGAUGCCGUCACACCGGCGAGCAGCCUUUCGAGUGUGGCGUUUGUGGGAAAGCCUUUAGCCAUCGUAAGUCCCUGGCUCUGCAUCAGAGAGUCCAUGCAGAGAGGCUGCAUGACUGUAAGGACCGCAGCAAGGCCUUCAGCCAGGUGGCCCCUCUGACUCGGCAUCAGAGGACCCACACUGGGGAAAGGCCCUUGUGCGCAGCCUGCGGGAAGGCCUUCAGGCAGAGUGCGCAUCCUGCCCACCUUCGGUGUGCGAGCUCCGCAGCCGCCUCCCCAGCCCUUCCCCGCUCCCCGCGCCGGGCCACCAGGUCCCCGGGAGCCGUCCUCCAAGUGCCUCUAGGCUUCCGUUUCCAGUCCGCUACCCAAUUUCAUUUGGACUUCUACAGUGUGGCAUGAUUCCAGCUCAAUCUUUUAAAAUAAAAAUACAUGUUCCUGUUUCUUUUCCAUUUAAAACACUUUAAAAAACA